CAGUAACAAACUCCACCAAUGAGCCAACAGGGAAGCUUUAGGUUUAUUAAAUGUUGCUAUGAAGGUAUCGCUGUUUUUCUUUGUGAAUGCAAUGUGCUCCAACUGAAACUUGAAUUAGAACAUAGAAGUAAAUCCUUCCAUCCGAAAGGAUUUAGUUGCAUUAAUAACCUCACAACAUUCUAAUUUUUAUUCCAGUCUUAGUUGAAAAUAGAAUCUCUGUAUUGAUUCAGGUAAAACUGAACUUCACAGCAUGUUGGAGCAAUGGGCUCUGUAAAGCGUCUCGAGACAAUUUGACUGUAAUUGGCGCUAUAUAAAUAAAAUUGAAUUAAAAAAAAAACAACCAGAUGAAAACUGUGAUGGUGUUGGAUUGUCAGACCGUAAUGUUGCAGCUCAAAGCAGCUUUUCUAUCUCAGUUCAUUCUGACAUUCAGCUAUGAAUCAACACAGCAGAUGGUGAUCCAUGCUGUGGAAGUCUCACAUCUCCUGAUUUAAUUGAGCUGCUUUGCACUUUUUACACUGUUUAUUCACCAACACUUUAUUUGAUAAAAGUCCCAUCUAGUUUUUAUGAGGAAUGUGAUGUUUUAAUUUCUCUGUGAAUAACUGCAGUCUAAUGCAACAGCUGGAGUUGUAACAUCUGUCCUGAUAUUGAUCAUGAAGUAUUGAUCAGAAUACUUAUGGUCAGCAGUCAUCCCUGGAGUUUUACAUUAAAAUCUUUACUUGUGUUGUGAACUAUGGUAAGAAGCAGAAACUUUAGUGUUGCCAUGGAUACAUGAGUGUUAAAUUCUGUCCAUGUUUCCAUUUUGGGAAAUGCAGUCCAGUUCCAGAAUGUGGAGGAAUUUAGUCUCAAUCACAGACGACAAAUAUUAUCUGAAAGUCGGGUUAUUGUUGUUUAUCAGCACAAUACAAAAAGAUUAAUGUUAGAAAUAUUCCAGUUAAGACCCUAGAAUAUCAUGAUUUAUGUAAAUGUACCUCAAUAAUAUGAAUGUUUAGGUUAAGAUUGUACAGUGAUAUUUAUUAUGUAAGUUUAGCUGAUUAAAGUUUAUGACUGCUCUACAAUAUUAUUUAAAUUGACAUCAUUAUUAUAAUAUUUAGGGUCAGAUCCUACAGUAUUGAGAUUAAGAAAUCAAAUAUUCUGUAAAAUGUAAAUACACUGAACUCAUUUGGAUAUAUUUAAGUGAGACUCUACAAUAUUAUUUGACACAAAUCUAUCUAAAUCAAAAUUUUAAUCAUUUUUACUCCAAUCAUUUACUGGACUGAUUUAAAUAUUAAAAUCACUACUUUCUAAUCCUCUCUGCUGUACGUUCAAACCUGAGGCCUUAAAUAGAAACACACAAGUAUCUGAUUGAAGGAACUUCUGUAGAGUCCUGGUUCCAGAACAUGAUGAUAGAAUUAUAGAAAAAGCUGCCUGAGAGUUUUUAUCUUAGAUUUCUUCAGUAAUUUAAUGAUAAUUAUCAGCAAAAAUCAAGUGUUCAUUUGAUGAACUUCAUUUCCUAAAACAUCCUGAAUUGAAGCUCAUAUCUUUGGCAGCUGUAAAGUUUCUGCUCCUUCAAAGUUCACAACACAAUGAAUUAAUUCCUAAAACACUCUCAAUGCUGGAGAGCGUUUGUGAUGCUGAAGCAGUGACCAGUUUUUCUGUUUCUUCUCUGGAGAUGCACAAUGAGGGACGUCUGCAGAGACUGAGAAAGAGUCUCACCACAUCCUGACAUGAGGAAAAAGACUUUAUUGAAGACUACAAUGAGAAAAACUAUCAGACAGCAGACGGCUGCAUUCAAGGCUACAGGAGGAGCCCUACGAGGACGAGCCGGUCCACCUGAUGGUGGCCAGUCGCUGCGGUUCAAAGCCAACACCGACUACGUGGACUUCUACUGGACCACAUGGAGGCCUUCAAACCAGACCAACAAGUUCAGCGACUCCCCGACUCGUGGGUCUGAGGACGCCGCCGAGCCUCGGCCCAGCCGGCCGCCUGUCUGUGGGUGUUUGAGUGCUGAGAGGUUUGUGGAUGCAUGUGAACAUGUCUGUGUUGAAACAGCAGCUAUUGAUUCACUAACGCCAGAAAAAACCAAGAGCUCCUUUAUUUGUGACUUCCACUAAAAAAAAAAAUGAUGAAAAUAAGUUUGCCAGGGUUCUGACUGAUAACAGAUUAUUAAAUAAUGAAAAUAACAGUUUAAAUAUUCCUUUAAACAAUCCUUUUAGAUCUACAUUUCCUUUACAUUGACUUCUUGGUAUAUGUACAAGUAUUUUGGGUGGAAUAUACCAUUAAGCCCAAUGUUCAAGGGUUCUUCUGGGAAUAUACCAUUAAACCAACCUUUUAGGUAAAUGUUCCAGGAUGUUGGGUAGAAUAUACCAUCAGAUCAACCUUUUAGGUCUACAUUGGAAGGUUUUAGAGUAGAAUAUUACUCCAAACCAUCCUUUAGGUCUACAUUUAAGGUGGAAUACUCCUUUACAACAAGAUUUUUUGGUUUACAUUGAAGGAUUUUAGCUGGAAUAUUCCUUUGAAUGAACUUUUUAAGUUUAUGUUCAAGGAUGUUGGGUGGAAUAUACCAUCAGACCAACCUCCAAGGUCUACAGUAGUGAAUUUUAGGUGGAAUAUACCAUUAAACUCACCUUUUAGGUCUACAUUGGAGGAUUUUAGGUGGAAUUUUCUUCCAGACCAUCUUUUAGUCUACAUUUAAGGAUGUUUAAGAUGGUAUAUUCUUUUUUUUCAAGAUGGCGCCGUGCCAGCGGCAGCUAGUUACAGCAGCUCCGGUUAACUUUAGGUCUGUUUAGUUAUUUUUGUAGUUUUCUUCUCUUUUUAAGUUUUUCUUUUCAGCAAGUAGGGUGACGCUUUUGUACGGGACAGACAUGGAUGUGCAAAUAGCGUUUUCCCUACUUUGUUUACUACUGUUUUCGGAACUUUUUAAAUCUGCAUCUGGUGACCCGUUCAGCCAUGGCUCCAUUGUUUACAGUCGGGAACAGCUGUUGGCGCUGAGCCAGGCCAGGCCGCCGUCGUGGGAGAGACCAGACAUCCCAGCUGAGCUCCGCAGAAGGAGGAGAGGAUGUCGGGCAGGACUGAAGCGUCGGGAGAAGAGGAGACGCUACAAGCCGUCCGUUCCAUCUGUGAUUAUGGGGAAUGUGAGGUCUCUCCCGAAUAAGAUGGAAGAACUGACGGCGCUGACAAGGCUGCAGUGGGAGUAUCGGGAGAGCAGCCUCAUGAUGUUCACGGAGUCAUGGCUGAACGAACUCACUCCGGACUCACUUUUAACUCUGGACGGAUUCCAUCUGGUCAGAGCGGACCGGAACGUGAGGGAGAGUGGUAAGAGAAAGGGUGGGGGCCUCGCGAUGUAUGUGAAUGAGAGAUGGUGUAAUGCUGGACACAUUAGUGUUAAAGAGCAGCUCUGCACUAAGGAUGUAGAAUUACUGGCUGUCAGUCUGCGUCCGUUCUAUCUGCCCCGGGAGUAUUCACAUGUAAUAGCCAUUACUGUGUACAUCCCUCCCUCGGCUGAUGCGGCUGCAGCCUGUGAACUCAUCCACAGUGUAGUGUCCCAGCUGCAAACAUCUCACCCUCAGUCUCUUAUUAUCAUCUCAGGAGACUUUAAUCAUGCAUUGCUCUCUGCCACUCUCCCCACGUUCACCCAGUACGUGACCUGCCAUACCAGAGACAAUAAAACCCUGGACCUGCUGUAUGCAAACAUCAAGGAUGCAUACAGCUCCUCACCCCUCCCCCCGCUGGGCCACUCAGAUCACAACCUGGUGAGACUGCAGCCCAUUUACAUACCUAUGGUGAAGAAACAACCCCCCACCACCAGGUAUGUGAAGAAGUGGUCUGACGAGGCCACUGAGGCGCUGCAGGACUGCUUUGAGACCACAGACUGGGAUGUGCUGUGUGGUCCACACGGGGAGGACAUUGAUUCACUGACGGACACUAUUACGGACUACAUUAACUUCUGUGCAGAGAACAUCGUACCAACCAGGAAAGUACGGUGUUUCUCUAACAGCAAACCCUGGGUGUCCCUGGAACUGAAGACCCUGCUGAAGGAGAAGAGGAGGGUUUUUGGAUCUGGGGACAAAGAGGAGCUGAGGAGGGUGCAGAAGGAGAUAAAGAAGAAGAUCAAGGCGGACAAGGCCAGCUACAGGACCAAGAUGGAAUCUCACCUGCAGGACAAUAACACAAGGGAGGUCUGGAGAGACCUGAGAUCCAUCUCUGGUUACAGCAGAGGCCAUGAGAGGGGAGCUGCAGCAGGAGGCCAGGAGUGGGCCAAUGAGCUGAAUCUGUUCUUUAACAGAUUCGACUCUGCUCCCACUCCUCCCCCCUCUCAUCAAAGCACCGACCAGCCAGCUCCUUCUUCACACCUCAGCUCUCUACCACCAACACCACCAACAGCACCCCUCCUCCCAUCCCCGUCUUCUACCACCUCCGGACUCUGCAUACAGCCCCAUCACCCCUCCUCGUCUCACCCCCCACCACCACCAUCACCCCUCCCCCUGCCACCCUCCCCCUGCCUCUCCAUAACAGCUGAUCAGGUGAGAAGUGAGCUUAAAAAGAUCAAGACCAGGAAAGCUGCAGGUCCUGAUGGAAUCAGCUCCAGACUCCUUAGAGACUGUGCAGACCAGCUCUGUCAGGUGCUGCUGCACAUCUUUAACCUGAGCCUGAGUCUGGAGAGGGUUCCUCUGUUAUGGAAGACUUCCUGCCUGGUUCCUGUCUCUAAGACCAGGAACCCCAGGGAGCCUAACCACUUCAGACCUGUGGCCCUCACUUCUCACCUGAUGAAGACCAUGGAGAGGAUCGUCCUCAAGAACCUCCGUCCCCAGGUGAGCCAGUAUCUGGAUCCACUGCAGUUCGCCUACCAACCGAACAUUGGAGUGGAUGAUGCAGUGAUCUACCUGCUGCACAGAUCACUGACUCAUCUGGAGAAACCCAGCAGCACUGUGAGGGUCAUGUUCUUUGACUUCUCCAGUGCUUUCAACACCAUCCAGCCUUCUCUGCUUAGGGUGAAGCUUGAAGGAACGGGAGUAGACUGUCACCUGGCUGCUUGGACCAUCGACUACCUCACCAACAGACCACAGUACGUGAGGCUUCGGGACUGUGUGUCUGAUGUGGUAGUCAGCAGCAUGGGGGCCCCACAGGGGACAGUGCUCUCCCCCUUUCUCUUCACCCUGUACACAUCGGACUUCCACUACAACUCUGGGAGCUGUCACCUCCAGAAGUUCUCCGAUGAUACAGCCAUUGUUGGGUGUGUAUCUGAGGGGGACGAGCGGGAGUACAGGACGGUCAUCUCUGACUUUGUUGACUGGUGUGAGCGAAACCAUCUGCAGCUCAACGCCAGUAAGACGAAGGAGAUGAUCGUGGACUUCAGCAGGAGGAGGACACCCCGGACUGCACCGGUGAACAUCCAGGGUUUGGACAUUGACAUGGUGGACACAUACAAAUACCUGGGUGUUCACCUCAACAAUAAACUGGACUGGACACACAAUACAGAGGUUCUGUACAAGAAGGGCCAAAGUCGUCUCCACCUGCUGAGGAGACUGAGGUCCUUUGGAGUGUGCAGGACUCUGCUCAGGACAUUUUUUGACUCUGUGGUAGCGUCUGCUAUUUUCUAUGCAGUGGUCUGCUGGGGAGCAGGGAGCACUGAAAGGGACAGAAAGAGACUAAACAGACUGGUCAGGAGGGCCGGUUCUGUCCUGGACUGUUCCCUGGACUCCAUAGAGGAGGUGGGUGAGAGGAGGAUGUUGGCAAAGCUCACAUCCAUCAUGGACAAUCCCUCUCACCCACUGCAUGACACUGUGGGGUCUUUAAGCAGCUCCUUCAGCAGCAGACUGAGACAUCCACCCUGCAAGAAAGAGCGCUAUCGCAGGUCCUUCAUUCCAUCUGCUAUAAGACUUUACAACAUCAGCAUCACUGGCUGAUGUUAACAUAAACUGGACUAUAUCAUUACCACCCCAAACCAUAAAAUUUGCACUGACAUUCUUGCACUGCACAUCUCUGCACUUUUAAACUUUAUUUUUAUUUUUUCUGUUAAGCCACUUUACCCUCAUCUGUCACCCUUGUAUAUAUUGUAAAUAUUAUUACUAUUGUUCUAUUAUUCUUUUAUUCUUAUCACUAUGUCUACUGUUACAUAAGCUGCUGUAACAAUGUAAAUUUCCCCUGGAGUGGGGAGAAAUAAAGAACUUUAUCUAUC